GUUGUUGUGUGUCUCAGAGGAAGCAUUUCAUCUCCUGCAGCAACAAUGACUUCAGUUCAGGCUUUGAGACAAUUUAUCAACGAGAGGCUAAAUGCUGCUGCUGUGGAAAUCUUCACUGUAUUUGAACAAACAAUCGUUCGGUACGAGGAGAAGAUUGAAAGUCAGCACAGAAUGCUGGAUAUCAGCUUGGAGCCUCAAACCAGUUUACACAGAACAGAUCCCCCACAGCAUCAUGGUUGUAGAGAAGAGCAGCCGUUUAAACAGAAAACAAUCUACUGUCUAGAGCAGGAAGAACCAGAACCUCCACAGAUCAGAGAGGAAGAAGCAGAAUCAGGAGUUCUACAGUUUGGAGAGGAGCAAGAGGAACCAGAUCUUUUACAGAUCAAAGAGGAACCAGAAGACUCAGGUCUUAUACAGUUUAAAGAGGACUGGGACGAACCACAGACUCCACAAAUCAAGGAGGAACAAGAAGAACCAGGAGUUAUACAAUUUAAAGAGGACUGGGAGUAUCCAAAAAUGACACAGAUCAAAGAGGAACCAGAAGAAACAGAACUUUCAGAGUUUCAAGAAGACCAGGAGGAACCAGAACCUUUACAGAUCAACGAAAACAGGGGACUUGGUGUCAGCCAGGAGGGAGAGCGGUUUAUACUGAGGUUUGAAAGUGACACUGUAAGGGUAACUUGUACUGAGGAGCAAAAUUACCAGAGUGAACCAGAAGAAGGACCAGACACCGAGCAGCUCCUCUCUCAUGACUCUGUCCACCAUCUGAAAAAGUAUAUCGACUCGGAAUCAGCUGUAAAGGCAAACAUGAAAAAGACAAGCAUAUUUCCCAGUGACCAUGUGGACAGUGAAACGCUUCUUUUAGAGGAAACACGAGAUGAAAAUGUUCUUAAAAAACCUAAUUUAUGUCAGAACCUAAGAACUGUGACUGACAAAAAGAAAAUAAGUUGUGAAAUCUGUAGGAAAAAUUACAGUCGACAGGACGCUUUGUUGCGCCACAUGAGAAGUCACACAGGUGAGAAACCGUACACUUGUGAAACAUGUGGGAAAAGUUUCAGUGUGCACAGUAUUUUGUUGGUCCAUAUAAGAACUCACACGGGUGAGAAGCCGUAUUCUUGUAAAUCAUGUGGCAAAACUUUCAAUGACCAUGGUAAUUUGUUGCGCCACUUGAGAACUCACACAGGUGAGAAGCCGUAUUCUUGUGAAACAUGUGGGAAAAGUUUCAGCGUGCACAGUCAUUUGUUGGUCCACAUGAGAAUUCACACAGGUGAGAAGCCGUACUCUUGUGAAACAUGCGGGAAAGGUUUUGUUGUCCACAGUCAUUUGAUGGUCCACAUGAGAAUUCACACAGGUGAGAAACCGUAUUCUUGUAAAACAUGUGGGAAAAGUUUCAGUGUGCACAGUAAUUUGCUGCGCCACAUGAAAACUCACAGGUGUGAGGCCUCACACUACAGAGAAAACAUUUCACCUCAUGCUGCAAGAAUGGCUUCAGUUCAGGCUUUGAGAGAGUUUAUCAGCGAGAGGCUGAAUGCUGCUGCUGUGGAAAUCUUCACCGUGUUUGAACAGACUAUCGUUCGGUACGAGGAGAAGAUUGAAAGUCAGCACAGAUUGCUUCAAAUCAACUGGAAUCCUCAAAUCAAGUUACACAGAGCAGACACGGCAACGCGCAAUAUGAAGAAAUGCCGGGCCUGCCACGAGAAAAUCCAUGUGGCCUAUAAGAAAUGUCCGAAGUGCAAGGCUGCGCAGCCGCACAAAGAAAGACUCCUGAAAGCAAGAAAAAGAUUUGAAGAAAAAGAAAUCGAAUGGAAAGACAAAGUCAAGAUGAAUCACAAUGCUACACACGUGCUGGACUCCUGCUUCUUAAUGCUGGACCGAAUUGCUGCUCUUGGUCACUUUCCUAUUUUGCUCCUGGGAAAGAAAAAGAAGACGACAUACACUACUGAUAUCAUCACGAGCUUAAAGAUGAAGCUGGAUGACGGCUUGCAGGCGAGCAUAAAAAGCAUGUAUGCACGAGUGUUACAGCUGCAUUUCAGCAGGUUUCCUCAGCCAACGGCAGGCAACAGCAGAGAGGAGGGCAGGACUGAUCACGCUUUCGUUUUCUUUGAACCUCCAUUUGAAUCUGUGUUGGAUCUGAAUCCUGUGCCUCCAAAUGGUCCAGAUGUCUUUGAAGCAGUAGAUGAGGGGACUGGCAACACGGAGGGACUGGCAGAUCACGACACGGCAACACGCAAUAUGAAGAAAUGCCGGGCCUGCCACGAGAAAAUCCAUGUGGCCUGUAAGAAAUGUCCGAAGUGCAAGGCUGCACAGCCGCACAAAGAAAGACUCCUGAAAGCAAGAAAAAGAUUUGAAGCAAAAGAAAUCGAAUGGAAAGACAAAGUCAAGAUGAAUUGCAAUGCUACACAGGUGUUGGACUCCUGCUUCAUCAUGCUGGACCGAAUUGCUGCUCUUGGUCACUUUCCUGUUUUGGUCCUGGCCAAGAAAAGGAAGACAAAAUACAUUCCGUAUGUCUUCACGAGCUUGAAGAUGAAGCUGGAUGACGGCUUGCAGGCCAGCAUAAAAAGCAUGUAUGCACGAGUGUUACAGCUGCAUUUCAGCAGGUUUCCUCAGCCAACCCAGCCUCCUCAGCCAACGGCAGGCAAAAGCAGAGAGGAGGGCAGGACUGAUCACGGUCCAACUGAAGAAAGAUUGGUGGUGCUGGAUCUGUGUCCUGUGCCUCCAAAUGCUCCAGAUGUGUUUGAUGAGGGGACUGGCGACGCAGAGGGACUGGCAGAUCAUGAGAAACAGGCUGAAUUUCACUGUGAGGAAACAUGUGGUGAAAAACUGAACUUCUGUCAGAAUGUGAGAAUUGUCACUGACGAGAAGAAAUUCAGUUGUGAAGUCUGUGGUAAGAAUUUCAACCAAAAGGCGGCUCUGCUGGUCCACAUGAGAAUUCACACAGGUGAGAAACCAUUCUCCUGUGAAAUGUGUGGCAAAAGUUUCAACCAAAAGAACGCCAUGUUGGUCCACAAGAGAACUCACACAGGCGAGAGGCCGUACACCUGUAAAGCCUGCGGGAAAGGCUUCCGUGCGCAGUGCUAUUUGUCGGUCCACAUGAGGAUUCACACAGGCGAGAAGCCGUAUGCUUGUGAAGUUUGCAGCAGAUGUUUCAAUCAGCGCACCAACUUGAUGAAUCACAUGAGAACUCACACCGGCGAGAAGCCUUACUCCUGUGAAACGUGCGGGAAACGCUUCACCGUCCAGGGAAACCUGCUGGUCCACAUGAGAACUCACACGCGCGAGAAGCCGUACAUGUGUGAAACCUGCGGGAAGUGGUUCAGCAGUCGCAGUCACUUCUCGCACCACGUGAGAACUCACACGGGCUGGAAGCUGCAUGGCUGUGAAAUCUGCUGCAAGAAUUUCAAUCAGCAGAGUGAUCUGAGGAAUCACAUGAGAAUCCACACCAAUGAAAAGCUGUAA